AUGUAUACACCACGUGACCGUCCCCUCACCAGGGCCCCCCACAGUCGAAUUUCCCCGCUCAAACAGCCGGCCUCAGAUUCUUCCCCUCUCUACUGCGCUCCAAUCCCAACCCCCCAAACCCUCAUUAUGGAGGAAGAAAAAUCAAAAUCCAAGAAGAAAGGUGCCACUCACCGCAAGUCUCUGUCGUGUGAAUAUUGCAGUCGAUCUUUCGCUCGCUUAGAGCAUCUCCAACGCCAUCUCCGCACACUGCGACAUGAACGAUUAGUACACCCUGCCGAAAGUGCUGCCAGUCGAGAGCACCGAGCUCAGAAUGACUCCGAACCAAAACAUGAAAUACCCAUACAGUCCAACCUCAUCCAUCCGCCCCACCAUGAGUCGCGCAUGUUAGAACUUGCAGACGCCAUUCCAGUACACACCCAAAUUCCUCCACCUCCUGCACCCGAAGUUGUUCACACUCCAUCGAUCAUUGAUACACCCCACUUCAAUCCAUCGUGGGGCUAUGAUCUGAACCUGCUAUCCCAUGCCGCAAGUCAUGUCGCCCUAGAAGGUCAACAGGAGAGCUUAGAGUCUAUGAGAAAACCCUCACAUACCUCUGCCCCGAUCUCACAACCCAUUCCCCAAGUCCAAGAAAGAGCGAUUGCCGAUAAUUAUGGUGUAGAGCCUUCAAUCCUUGAUCUCGCAGAUCUUGGGGACCCUGUACAGGAUUUCACAGUCUUCCUGGAGAGUGUGGGCCUAUCGUCAGAUUGGGACUCCGGCGUAUUCUCAUCAGUCGAGGAGCCCAUGCUGCCACCAGGCAUGGGAAUGGACACAAAAUCAACUCGUGACACAUUACAUACACGGCUGGGCGGGGAUCUGAUGAACGACUCGCGAGGGCCUGCGGAUGACCAGCCAUCAUUUUCGAACUUUGGAUCCCGACUUCCAUCAUUGCAGCCGGAAUCUCACGAAAUGGACGAUCGAAUUGGCCUUGCCGAUGAUAGCACGCGACCAGCGUGGGAUAUCUCUAAUUCGGAACGACAGGCGUUUAUCAUGAAACUGGAAGAAUUUUCAUAUGUCCUCCCGAAAGGAUUUGUUCCGCCAUCACGUCAUGCCCUAUCUCGGUUCUUUGCUGGAUAUAUUAAUGGGUUGAAUGAGCAUUUGCCAUUUAUACACGUCCCGACGCUUUCUGUCGCCAAGUGCUCCCCUGAGCUCACAUUAGCUCUGGCAGCUGCAGGUUCGCACUAUCGAUUUGAAAACAGCCGGGGUAUUGACCUUUUCCAUGCUGCCAAAUCAAUUUUACUAGAGCGUCUCCGCCGAAGAGACAGCAAGCAAGUUCCACAGCCGUCAUGGAACUAUAUUUCCCCACCCUCUGGUUUUCAUAACUCUCGUGGCUCGUCGAUGAUGUCUAACACGGCAAGCAGUCCGUAUCAGCAUCAUCCCCAGCAUAUGUCGAACGCCCCAGUGAGCGCGUCAAUAUACACAUUAGAUGACUCAGAUGCUCAUAUGGAGGUGAUCCGAACAUUUUUGCUGCUGACUGUGUUUGCCUCGUGGGAACGACACCCCGAGCUCCUACGGGAAAUUCUCUCGCUUCAAAGUACCCUGGCAAGACUUGUACGUGAGCAUGGUUUGUCUGAACCACCUCCCACCCCGGAUCCCAUUUCAUGGGAAGAGUGGGUACGAAGAGAAGGCAACAGGCGCACCAAGCUCAUUGUGUACUGCUUCUUCAACCUCCAUUCGAUCAUGUAUAAUAUCCCUCCAUUAAUCUUGAAUGGGGAGUUGAAGUUGAACAUGCCGUCCUCACAUGAUCUUUGGAAAUCAAGCAACGCGCUUCAAUGGCGUCGUGUCAAUCGAACUCGACAGGGUUCAGAUGUGCCUUUCCAAGAAGCAUUUGCCAGACUCUUCUUAAAGUCUUCGGUAUCUCUUCCGUCGGCGCCGAUAUCCCCUCUUGGAAAUUAUAUUCUGAUUCAUGCAAUCAUCCAACAAAUCUUCUUUGCUCGACAGCUCUGCCUAUCUGCACCUCACAUGCAAGGUACCAGCUUAAGACAUGACGAUUUGAAUGUGCUUGAUAAUUCAUUGAAUGCAUGGAAGGCCCUGUGGAAACGCACCCCCGAAUCCAGCAUUGACCCCCAGAACCCUGCGGGCCCAAUCGCCUUCACCUCCACGGCUCUACUGGGGCUCGCCUAUAUCAGGCUGCAUGUUGAUCUUGGUCCUUGCCGCCACUUGAUCACACAAGACCCCGUCCAAAUUGCGACAGCUUUGACCGAGUCACCUCCUAUCGCACGCAGCCCGCGGCUGAUAAUGGCAUUACUCCACUCAGCCCAUGCUCUGUCUAUCCCGGUACGACUGGGAAUCGAUUUCGUGGCUAGAACACACUCGUUCUUCUGGAGCAUUCAGCAUUCUCUAUGCAGUUUGGAAUGCGCUUUCCUUCUAAGCCGCUGGUUGCUUUCCAUCCCUGCAACGCAAUCUGAACAGAGACUAUCGGAGCAUGAGCGGAAAUUGCUCUUGUGGAUCAAGAGCAUGAUGGAUGAAACUGAAAUGGCUGUUGACCCACCCGGUGCGCCUGACAUGGAUUUCAUGGCGAAUCCAUACAAGGUUCGUCAGCUGAGUGUUGCUAUUGUUCGUGUCUGGGCACGGACCUUCAAAGGCAAUACCAGUUGGGCGAUUGUAGACCUGGUCGGUUCAAGCUUAGAUGCUUAUGCUGACCUUCUGGAAUGCUGA